AUGGUUCACCUACGGCUCCUCGGACCACUCGUGGUCGUCUCCAGCUUAGUUCCGUUAGCCUUGGCCGAUUACCCCGAGGUCAACGGCGAUCAGUGUAACUGCUAUCUCACCAACGGAAGCAGCGGUCACUACUUCACAACUCACAAGUUCUUCGAUUUCCGGGACAUGUCAGAUGUCGCUGGGGUACCGGCUCUCAUCACCGAUCCCGAUGAGAGUGCCCAAGCGGGCGUGACCAGCGAGUACUUCUCUUCCAGCGACUGGUCAGACUAUUGGACUUUGCAAAGUUGGAAUAACUCUGCCUCGUUAAAAAGCGAUGACAGUGAUGCUUCCGUCUUAAUGAUUCAUUCGCUCAACAACGUCUAUAUUGAGGAGAACGGAGACGACGAUGCCAAUUCAAAAACAUUCUUAACCCUACGGACGGCGCGUCUAAAGGACUACCAGUCAUCAUGCGAAUUUGAGUCUACUAUUCGUGACUACCACUUCCUAUCAGUCAGAAUGUACGCGAGAACAUUAGGUGCGCCGGGUGCCGUGACCGCAAUGUUUACAUACAAGGAUCCGGGUGACGAUACAAAAUUAUCGGCGGUACAAGAAUCGGAUCUGGAAAUCAGGACAAUCGACCCACCCGAUCAUAUUCAAUAUACAAAUCAGCCUUCAUAUACUUCCAAGGGCCUCGAAGUUCAGGAAGCUACUCGUAACGUCACUAUCCCCAAUAAAAGAGACUGGACGAAUUGGGCAGUUUAUCGAAUGGAUUGGAGCCCUGACAACACGACUUGGUACAUAGACGGCGAUCAAGUCGCCUCCAUCUCCUUUCAGACCCCCCAUGAUCCCAGUAUGGUCCUAUUCAACGCGUGGUCGGAUGGUGGAUCUUGGACUGGUAACAUGAGCGUGGCGACGGAAGCCCGUCUUCAGGUCCAAUGGAUCGAGCUCGUCUAUAACACGACCGGCGGGUCUUCGCAAAAGCGCGAUCUGAUCGACCUGGCCGGAUACUUCGAAAAGAGAGGUGAUGAUUCCUGCGCCAAUAUAUGCAGCAUCGACAAGACGACGAAGACGGGAACCGUGGUUUUAUUACAAGGUGGCGCAUCAAGAAUGCUAGACCAAGGUGGGGUUUUCGGCGGAAUUUGCUUUUGGGUUUCUAUAUUAGCUAUGGCGUUGGCCUUCUGGUAG